AUGAAGGGCAUACCCCGAGUUGUCACGGAGCAUCUCCAGGCCCUUCGGCCUUCGUUUAUGUCCAAGAAUCCUCAUUUCAACUUCAUUACCGUGCACUACUUCUGGAUCAUUGGCCUCUCGAUUCUUGGAUCCAUCCUUAUCUAUGCGUCGGGAAAGGGGUCUGGCAGUGGUGAAAUACGUUACAUCGAUGCCCUGUUCUUCGCCAGCGGCGCCAACACGCAGGCAGGACUGAACCCCGUCGACGUCAACCUGUUGAACACGUUUCAGCAAGUACUUAUCACUCUAAUGUCUAUGAUGUCCUCUCCCAUUACCAUCAACGCUGGCGUUGUGUUUCUGCGCCUGUACUGGUUCGAAAAACGGUUCCGAAACAUGGUCAAGGAUGCAAGACAGAAACGGGGCACCAUCACCAAGUCCCGCUCCAAGGCGAUAAAUGCCGCGUCCGAUGCCGAACGUGGAGUGAACGGGAGGCACAUCACCGUCAUGCACAACACGGCCAAGGCUUCCCGGCUCACGAAUGAUGGCAUCCUGCUGGAUGAUUAUGCUAUGAACGGGGCAGUCAAGUCGGAUUCGGAACUUGUCUAUAGCUUCUCGGCGCAGAAUGAUACGCCUCCCGCACCUCGAGACGCGACUAUCAAGUUCGCCGACAGGGUGACGAGAAGCGACGUCAUCCCCGAAGACGAUGUUGUGGGGAUGGAACUCCCCCGGCAGAGGUCUGACGCCGAGCACAUUGCUAUCCUGGAGAGGCAACGCAAGCACGACAAGAGCGUUCUUCGCAUCCCCGGGCCCAGAGAUGCCGAGAGGGGCAUUCUGCCCGAGGAACUCGACGAUGACGACGACGAGAUCGACGGGGAUCGUCUCAGCCGAGUUGGCUGGAAACGACGCGAAUCGAGCCUCGAAUCCCCCCGCCGCGAAUCACCACCCGCGCGGUUCUCAUCCAAUCCCGAACGACAGCAAACCAUCACUAUUGCAGAGCCAACUCACCCUAAUAAGGAAGCCAUGGCCGAUGCCAUUGAAGCAUCUGCUCAUGUCUUGUCUUCUCUCGGCCCGCAGCGCAACAAGGCGAAGCAUGGCGACAAGUUCCACCAGCACGGCAUCGAUAACGGCAUCGAUACCAGCACGCAGCCUCGUUUCAAUGCUUUACAACGAAUCAAAACUGCCCUGUCCCACAACAAGGAUCAAGAUUCCAUGCCAUACCUGAGUUGGCAACCGACCCUGGGCCGCAACUCCGAGUUCUUGGAUUUGACCGAGGAACAAAGGGAGGAGCUUGGCGGCAUCGAGUACCGGUCUUUGAAGACGCUUGCGGUCGUUAUGACCGGCUACUUUUGGGGCUUUUGGGUGUUUGGCCUCAUCUGCCUCCUGCUAUGGAUGUUGCACAACAAUGAGCACUACCAAAAUGUGGUUACUAGCGUCGGACAAAGUCCGACUUGGUGGGCUUUCUUCUCGUCCAAUUCGGCCUUCAUGGACCUUGGUUUUACCCUGACGCCUGACAGCAUGAUCUCAUUCGCUACGGCCAGGUUUCCUCUGCUCAUCAUGUCGUUUCUCAUCAUCAUCGGCAACACAGGAUUCCCAAUCAUGUUGCGUGCCAUUAUCUGGGUCACUCACCUAUUCGUUCCCAGAGGUACCGGCUUGUGGGAAGAGUUACGUUUCCUCCUGGAUCACCCCCGACGUUGCUUCACUUUGCUCUUUCCGUCGACUCCGACCUGGUGGUUAUUCUUUAUUUUGGUUGCCCUUAACGCAUUAGACUUGAUAUUCUUCAUUAUUCUCGAUCUGGGAACGGGUGUGGUGGCCGAGCUGCCGCUAGAUAUCAAGUUUCUCGACGGGUGGUUUCAAGCGGCGGCGACAAGAACUGCUGGUUUUGCCGUCGUCAAUUUGGCUGACGUCCAUCCCGCCGUCCAGACUUCGUACCUCAUCAUGAUGUACAUCUCCGUCUUCCCCAUCGCCAUCUCCAUCCGCCGCACCAAUGUCUAUGAGGAGAAGUCGCUGGGCUUAUACGGAUCCACAAACGACAUCGAAGAGCGGAACGAGAACGGUUUCUCCUAUGUCGGCGCCCAUUUGCGUCGGCAACUGUCUUUUGACUUGUGGUAUAUCUUUAUUGGCUUUUUUAUCUUGUCCAUAUCCGAGGGUUCGCGACUCAUGGCAGGCGACUUCUCCAUGUUCGCUGUAUUGUUUGAAAUUGUCAGCGCCUACGGUACUGUUGGGCUCAGCCUGGGCUACACUGGGAUCAACGCCUCUCUCAGCUCCCAGUUCAGCGUUGUUGGCAAGCUUGUCGUAAUCGCGAUGCAAAUUCGUGGUCGCCAUCGUGGUCUUCCUUACGGUUUAGAUCGAGCCAUCCUUCUGCCCAGCGAAUCGCUCAACCGUAAGGAGGCUGAGGACGCCGAAUUCAAACUGCAACGGCGCCAAUCGGCCGUCUCACUUAACACGAACCGCCCAGUGAGCUUAUCCCGGGGUCGCACCCGCAGUAUCGACCGCAGGAACAGCGAGACUUUUAGGCGAAGCAACACGGAACCGGUCAGCGAUGACGAUGAUGAGCCUAAGCCACGACCCAGGAGAGCAGAGACACAGCCGGCCGACUCGCAUUAG